AUGGCAAGCGCCGCAAAAAAGUGUAUAGGGGCCGCCACAGCCGCUGUGGCAGGUCUCAUUGGCUUCAGUUACACCAACCCCAGCUGGACGCAGCGGAAGUUUGACUCCAGCAAGACGGUUCCCCUUGUGUGUCCGGAGAACCCCUCCCGCGACGAGUGCCUAACUCGUUUCCAGGCAUUUGCUUCCCCUGAAACUCCCAUGGAUGUACUCAUUGUGGGCGGUGGCUCUGUCGGCGCCGGCUCAGCGCUGGAUGCCGUGACGCGUGGACUGAGCGUGGGCCUUGUCGAGAUGAACGACUACGCGAGCGGCACGAGCAGUCGGAGCACCAAACUUAUACAUGGCGGGAUUCGCUACCUUGAAAAGGCAGUCUUUCACCUCGAUGUACAACAACUUAAGUUGGUGGCGGAGGCGCUGCAGGAGCGCACCAUCAUGAUUCACCAAGCACCCCACUUAUGCCACGACAUUCCCACCAUCAUUCCUUGCUAUGACCCAAUUGACAUUGUCAAGUUUUGGUGUGGCGCGAAGCUGUAUGAUUUGAUCGCCAUGUGGGAACGCGGCACCCUCAAAUACUCCGGCUUCCUCACCCCCUACGACACACUGAAGCGAUUUCCCCAGCUUCGGUACACCAACAAGCAUGGCGAGUUGCUGUACGGGUCCGUCCAGUAUUAUGAUGGGCAGAUGGAUGACGCCCGCGUCUGUCUCUCGGCGGCUCUUACAGCCGCCAGCUACGGAGCAGCCACAGUGAACUACGCAAAGGUGGAAAAAAUGGAGCUUGUGCAGAACAGCUCUGGCGAACGGGUGGUGAAGUCGCUCGUAACCGAUCGCGUGAAUCAACGCAAGUUUACGGUGUACAGCAGGACUAUUCUAAACGCCUGUGGCCCGUUUAGUGGUGAGGUUCAAAAACUCAUGGCGGACAAAAGCAAGCUUCGCAUCGUGCCAAGCUCCGGAACGCACAUUGUCGUUGAGCCGAGGUACUGUCCGAGGGAGGGAGCCAUGGUUUUCCCCUCCAGUGAUGGUCGCGUGGUGUUUGGCACUUCCUGGUUGGGGGGCUGCUUAGUUGGGACCACAGACAACAAGUGCGAAGUCACGGAGGACGUGCGACCGCCAGAGGCCGAUGUGCGUUUUCUCCUCGAUAGCAUGGAGGAGUACGUCGGCAAGGUGCCACGGGAGGCGGUGCUCUCCGCCUGGUGUGGUAUUCGCCCGCUUGCCGUGGCAGAGGGUGCGUCGGAGAGCAGCACGCAGAACAUAGUGCGUGAGCACAUGGUCUCCGUGGACGAAGAGCAUCAAAUGCUUAGCGUCACUGGGGGCAAAUGGACGACGUACCGUAAAAUUGCCCAAGACGCCGUGGAUGAACUGCGGGACAAGCUGCUAAAAAACCGUGCCUCGUUCAGACCGUGUGUGACGGGGGAGUUACAGCUGGUUGGAGCUCACAACCUGGCAUCCGUCCCUGCAGCUGCGCCGAGCGACAUCCCGGAGGACGUGCAUUCCCACUGGAAGAGACAGUACGGCGAUCGCUACUACAUCCUGCUUGACAUGGUGCGCCGCAACCCGGCAGCGUUGCAGCGGCUGCACCCGAAAGAACCCAUCGUGGAGGCGGAAGUGACGUAUGCGGCGCAACGGGAGCAUUGUGAGCAUGUGCAGGACUUCAUUGCCCGCCGCACGCGCCUGUCGUUUCUCAACGUGGAACGCGCCAAGGCGAUUAUUCCCGAGGUCACGCGUGUGAUGGCCGAGACGAAGCGCUGGGGUCGGUCAAAGAAAAACGAGGAGCAGACGAAUGCCUUUGCGUCCCUGAACUCCUUCCUGGCCAGCUAA